AUGGCGGAUUUCACCCUCGUUGACCCCAAAGGAUGGGAAUACGAUCUGCACUCUGUGUACUCUGCCUAUAUUGGCUACUUUCAGAUGUACAACGUUCCAUGGUACGAACGAUCAUGGGGACACUUGUUCGAGUCGUUUGAGGAGUUUCUGGCGUUCUCCUGGCCUGUCAUAACAGUGACGGAUGCAUCGUCUGGAAGGGCACAUAUCGUGACGCGUCUCAAUUCUAUAGGCGCUUUCAUCAAGAUGAUCAAGACCAGGUUCGGAGAGACUCUCCCGCAAGCUCCAAAUAUUUUGCAGAUCUCGCCAUUCGAAAACUCAAGUCGUCAUCUACGCCACGUAUCCGACUAUUCAUCAUACAAAAAGCUUCACUCGACUCUUCCUGCUGUAGUUCUCUCAGCCCUGAAGACGCGUGUCCGAUCAGGCGAACCUAAGGCAAUCAAAGACCUCUGGGGAAAGAAAGACAAAACCUUUCUGGCUAUUGAUUUUGAAUGGAACGAACGCAACGAAAAGACCGUAUUGGAGUGGGGAUAUGCGGCCGUCAGAUGUGGACACUUGGAAUCGCUGGGACAUUGGCCCCCGGUACCUGAUACCAAUUACAGGAAAGGGCACUACAUAGUAGCCGAACAUGUUGACAAGGUCAUCAACAAGUACUGCCCCACCUAUCCCUGGCUAUUCGGCGAAAGUCAAGUUAUCCCUAAAGCCAAGCUACCACAAAUUAUCCAGGCUGUGAUUAGCAGCCUCGCCAGUCCCGAUUCUGAAACAACUCCCAACCAGCUCGUAAUUGUGGGACACAAUGUACACUCCGAUCUGAUGAGAUUGGAAGAGAUGAAAAUUCGAAUUCCUCACAAUACGUUAAUCGUGGACACCAUGAUCUACGAGCGCAAUUUGUACGCGAACGGGUUCCGUGGGGUUAUGCCCGAUCCCAAAAGCGAUAAACCUCGUCUCUCAGGGUCAAACCUUUCACUCGAAAACUUGCUGUACUCACUAACACUUCCAACAUCAUCCAACUCUCCCUCUCCUGACUCCGGACAAAGACAACCUUCUCCUCUGCCCCCUGUCGUAUUACCACAAUGUACCUUGCACAACGCAGGCAAUGACGCGCUCAUGACGCUCUUCGCGUUCCAAAAAUUGCUAGAACCGCGGGGCACACAGGUACCCACCCUUGUGAAGAAAGCCAAGGCCAACGGAAGCGGCUUUAGCAACAAAUUUAACGCCAUUCACGGAGGCGGAAUGCCAGUCGGAAUGAUGCCCAUGUCCAUGCCCAUGUCCAUGCCUUCUGUUAAUGGUGCUGGAGCUGGUGUAAAUGGGACCUCAGCAUCGGUGCUUAACACUUCUGUGUCCAUGCCCAUGAUGAACAUUACCGGUACAACUCCCGCUUCGUUUUACGCCGGGUUUACCGCCAUCAUGCCCUCACUUUCGUUGCCUCAGGCCAAUGGGAAUGGUACUUCGAAUGGUAGUCUACCACGCCGGUCGUCGACGUAUGACCUCGCGGACGAAUUUGGGCAGAUGCAACUAGGCAAGGGUCAACGACCUAACAAUGGUAGCGGAACCGCCGCGCCACAACAACAGUAUGUUACGUCGCCGUCACGUCUUGGACCGGGACGCGCCACAAAGCGCGUUAGCAGCUUCCCAACUGCUAGAGCCGACGAAUAA